UCUCCUCGAGGGCCCGUUGGUUCGUGCCAGCGCCUUUUAAGGGCACCGUGGGGCGAACGGAGCGCUCAGAGCUGCUCCGGCCGCGGCCCUGGGAGCUGGAGGAGCCGCGACUCAGCAGGCAUGACUGGAGAGGGAAGUCCCAAUGGUGCUAGAACGGUGCUUCAGUGGCAGAAGACGGCUCACGAGUGAGAUCUGGAAGAACGACAGGGAAGACAUCCGUCAUUUGCUCCAAAGUGUGCAAGUCAAAUCCUGGGCAAAACAUGAUAACCCUGAUCACUGAGCAGCUACAGAAGCAGACUCUGGAUGAGCUGAAAUGCACACGCUUCAGCAUCAGUCUGCCUUUGCCUGAUCAUGCAGACAUAUCCAACUGUGGGAACCCUUUCCAGCUUGUGUCUGAAGGUGCUUCCUGGAGGGGCUUGCCCCACUGUUCCUGUGCUGAGUUCCAGGACAGCCUCAACUUCAGCUACCAUCCCUCAGGCCUGAGCCUGCACCUCAGACCACCUAGUCGGGGAAACUCCCCACAGGAGCAGCCCCUCUCCCAAGUACUAAGCCCUGAACCCCCAGACCCAGAGAAGCUUCCUGUGCCCCCUGCUCCUCCAUCCAAGAGGCACUGCCGCUCACUCUCGGUGCCUGUGGACCUGUCUCGCUGGCAGCCAGUGUGGCGGCCCGCCCCCUCCAAGCUGUGGACUCCCAUCAAGCACCGGGCCAGUGCUGGAGGGGGUGGGCCGCAGGUGCCUCACCAGAGCCCCCCGAAGCGGGUCUCCAGCCUCAGGUUCCUCCAAGCUCCCAGUGCCUCUUCUCAGUGUGCCCCAGCCCACAGACCCUACAGCCCCCCUUUCUUCAGCCUGGCCCUGGCCCAAGAGUCCGCUCAGCCCUGCGCCACCUCCCCUCAGAAUGGUUCUUGGGAGAGCGAUGCUGAGUCCCUGUCACCCUGCCCACCCCAGCGCCGCUUCUCCCUGUCCCCCAGCCUGGGCCCACAGGCAAGCCGCUUCUUGCCCUCUGCCCGGAGCUCCCCUGCAUCUUCCCCAGAGCUGCCCUGGAGACCUCGGGGUCUCCGCAACCUUCCCCGAAGCCGCUCACAGCCUUGUGAUCUGGAUGCCCGCAAAACUGGGGUCAAGCGGCGUCAUGAAGAGGACUCCCGGCGCCUGCGGCCUUCCCUGGACUUCGACAAGAUGAAUCAGAAACCAUACUCAGGAGGAGGUCUCUGUCUCCAAGAAACAGCUCGAGAAGACAGCAGCAUCUCUCCACCGUGGUUCAUGGCCUGUAGCCCCCCACCUCUCUCUGCUUCCUGCAGUCCAGUUGAGGGGUCAUCCCACGCGCUGAGUGAAAGCGAAGAGGAGGAAGAGGGGGCUGUGCGGUGGGGUCGGAGGGCACGACAAAAGCGGACACUGUGCCAGCAGGACUUUGGGGACCUGGACCUGAAUCUGAUUGAGGAAAACUAAAGCUGAGAGGCUACUUGCUGGGGCCACACAGACUGACUGUCUAAUGGCUACUAACCCGUGUGAAGGCCCCAAGGCUGAGGGCCCAGCCUGGGAAAGGGGGUGAGUGGAGGUCUCUGACUCAGGGCAGCCCAAGUCUUCUCGCUCCAGCAAGCUCGACCAUGCCAAGAGACUGGCCGGGACAAGAUAAACGGAGCUGGUGGCGAGAGGGAUAGCCCCAGAGCAGACCCUCCCCAUGGCGGCCCCGAGUGUGAGUAUCCAUCCCUGCCGCUGAGAGCAAUGGGCAGGGAAGGAGGGGUCUCCUGACCCCAGCUCGGGGAAUUUCACUAGCCCCUUUGCUUCAAAGGGCACUUGUGUCUUAGAAUUUGGCCAGGGUGCGGGCGUUCAGUCAGCCUCCUCGGAGAAAUUGUGUGAGUGCGUGUGUGUGCAUGGGCGUACACUUGAGGAAAGGUGUGUUUGUGCAGCCUUAGGGAAGGAAGGCAGUUGCUCCUUUUACAGUAGAGCAUCAGGAUGCCCCCAGAAUCUUGACUUUUUUCUUUCUUUCUUUUAAUAUGACGUUGGGCUUGUUCAAGGUGUCAAGAGUAGAGGGGUGCUUUUUUUUUUUUUGGUCUUCAUAGCUCUGGAGCCAGGCUUUUAAGUUCAUAGCAUUACUUGCUCUGCAGAUGGCUCUGUUUUGGGGUCUAAGUACGGUGACCUCAGCUAAUGGUCUUUUCCUCAGUCCCACCCUCUCCCACUAGAUAAAUCUAGUAUGGAGGGCUUGUAGGAAGGUCGCAUUCAUUGUGUUCAUCAGAUUAUCUAAGCUGUACACCGUACACAGCCUGCCUCUCUUGUUCUCUGAGUAGGUGCAAACAAGGGCAGCUGAGGCAGAACUGAGGAGUUCUCUCUUUUCUUCACCAAGGGGACCCUCUCAUGUUUUGAUCUUUCAAGUCAGAGACAGAGUUGAUCCCCAGAAUAUGUGGAGGCAGACCUGUAGCAGGAGCACUGACAUUUAGUCCCCAGAAGUCCUGGAGCCCAGCCCAGCACUGCCUUUGGAAGCUGGCUGCUGUAGGGAAACUUAUUCUUGCAAGAUCUAGGCCGAGUCUCUUUCUGAUCUUCAGGAAAGAGGAAGGGUGCUGAGCGUCUCAUAGUUUGCUUGUCUUCCACCCUUGCCAGGAAAUGUUUAUGUGCCUCUAAUUGGUCCUGCGAGACCACGGAGAGGCUGGGGUGCACCGAGGGAUUGGCUGGGGAUGCGUGAGGCGAAGGCUCUGAGAAGCAGCUGGGAGUUUGUUGUUGUUGGAUUGGAUUUCCUUUUUUGUUUCUUACCCACAACUGCAGCCGGUGCAGCAGCUCCCAGUGGCCACAGACAUGGACUUAAGAUUGCAGAUACCCUGGUAGGGUUGGCACCAGGAGGUAUGCAUAUAGAAGCUGCUACUGUUGCAGUCCGUGAGGCUUUGUUUAGAACACCCUGCAUAACGCAUUUGGACCUGCCCUUCCCAUUUAUCAUAGUAAGGGCAUUUUUCUGUUCAAUUUCAAGGGUGUCUUCACGGGAGGUAGCCAUGUCUUCUUGAGCCUGUGGCCCUCAGGUUCUACUUUUCCAGGGCUCCUCCCUAUCUCCUGGCUAGUUACCACAUAUUACCACUGGGCUACCAGUCUCUAAGGACCUAAGAGAGGCUCUCUCGAGAAUCCAGGGAAACUGAGCCCAGGAGUUACCCAUCCUUGGUUUCAUCCUUCCCUGGUUCUCCCUCUCUGGUCCAUAAUUUCCCUGGUGCCAGCUUCUUUUCCACCUGGGGCAUCCUCAUCCUUGGGCUCUGCUGCAGAUGGCAGUGUCAGCCUCCGAUAGGUGACUGGCAGUGCCAAUGGGGUCUCUGCAAGGCCCUACUACGUUUAAGUGAUGGCAGUGGUUCUGCCUCCGUCCUGGCUUCCCAAAGACCUUAGGUCACCACCCAUAGGGAAGGAGGCCUGCAGUUGUCAUAUUUUGAUUCCAUUCCUUUAAGUCUGGAAUGUUAAACUUGGCAGAACUAUCAUCUUGCUUCCCAGUUUAAAUGCCUCUGGCCCUGGAACAAGCCUUUUCAAGACAUGAAUCAUUUUGCUUUACACAAUAGAUCUGUUCCAACAGUUCUGUGUAAACCAAAUGCUGUUUUUUAAUGCAUUUGGACUGCUGGCCAUUUAAAAGCAGCCUAUGAUUGCUUCUUUGGUAAAGCGAGCAACCUCCCUCUACUUUAGCCGGUUUCAUUAUCUGGGUUCUCACAUUUGGGCUUUCCCAGAGUGGAGCACACCUCCGGGGCUUGUGGCUGAUGCUGUGUUGAUGUCUGCAUCUGUGCUGCGUGUGUGGUGUGGCUGGCCAGUAGGUGAGUAGUACUGCGUGUGUGAGGGAAGCCGCUCCCAGGCUGAUGCGCUCCUCCUGUGCCCGGUGACUGCCCAAUGGCAGCCCUCGCUGCCCUUCAUUCCCACCUGCUGCCAAAGUCCCUGUGCUAAUGGGAUUACUGAAACAAAAAGUGGAAAAAAAAUUUUUCGUAAACUUUGUUUUAUAUUAAAAAAUCCAUAAGUCUGUGUGUGUUAAAACAUGAGGUUCUGCCUCUGUGGCUGUGUUUGAAAAAAUAAAGUUUUAUUAGAAUAAUCCAUUUUCCCAAGCAA